GAGGUUGCAACGCAUGAUUUCACAGUUUCAUUAGUCUUGCGGCGUCGAAUAAGUGUUCUCAUUUUGUCCUUGUGGGUGCCUGUGGAGGAGAAUCGUCACCAUCUUGAUUGUUAAUGGCAUACCAAGCGAUUCAGGGCCCAAGCUCGGGAUCGAGUUCAAGUUCGGGGUUUCAGUUAUUGAACUCUCCUUUCGGUGACACCACAUACACCAAGGUUUUCGUCGGAGGGCUGGCAUGGGAGACUCAAAGUGAAACCAUGCGCCGCCACUUCGAGCAGUUUGGUGAAAUUCUUGAGGCCGUAGUAAUCACUGACAAGAACACCGGGAGAUCCAAAGGAUAUGGUUUUGUGACUUUCCGGGAUCCCGAGGCUGCUAGGAGAGCGUGUGCUGAUCCAACUCCAAUCAUUGAUGGUAGAAGAGCUAAUUGUAACUUGGCUUCACUCGGUCGACCACGCCCUCCGCUGCCUUAUGGACGGAUAAGACCAGCCUCCCCAUAUGUUGGAGGUUUGCAACCAGCGAGAGGAGCCUUUUUGGGAAGUUUCGGCUACCAGCAACCAGUUUCAUACGGCUAUCAACAGGGGUUGGUUUAUCCACCUUAUGGGUAUACAACGUAUGGACCUGAAUACGUCUACCCACAGAGUAUGUACAAUCCAUAUAUGGGUCAGCACUACCUUCAGAUAUAUGGAGUGCCUGCUGCAGUAAACACAACCAUUUAUCCCUAUGGACAAGUGGGUCAGGCUAUGCCUAGUGGACAUGGGUAUACAGCAAUGCAAGGCUAUACAAUACCAGGCCAUCAGAUCGUGCCAUAUGGUGGAUCUAAUGUUAAUGCCAUGUCAACUUCACCUAUGCCUGCCAUUCAAACACCAUAUCCUAGCGGAAUUGCUGCACCAGUUCCAGGCCAACCGCAAUUUAUUGUUCCUGCUCCUUCUCCACAGUUUAUGCAAGGCAGUGGUCCUGACCAAACCGCUGGGUGAGGGGGCAAAUAAGGUACCAUUAGUGUGCAGCAGGACUAGAGCAGUGGAACUGCUACUUGAGUGGCGGGCUUCCAAUCUAGCCUUGCAAGUUAUUAUUUUGCAUUCUAGAGGUCAUAUAUAGUCAUGCUCACCAGGUUGUGUAUAAGUUGGCUCCAGAUGGCAAAGGAAACUGGAAUCUGCGGGCUGCUUCUUUUCCAUUUGGAUGUUUACAUUAGUGUAUUUAUACCUGAUACUGCAAUUACUCAGAAAGAGUUAUGGUAGUAUUGGAUCAGUGGGUGCUGGAAUCGGUUUUCUGGUAGCCAUGUAGGAAUAAACCGUAUGUAAAAAAGAAAAUCAUGUCUGAAUCAAAAUAUGAUUCUUUGUAGUCAUGUCCAGCAUUGAGUUUGUAGAUAGUUGUCAAUGUUGGGUGAAUUUGUGUGACGAUGGAUGGGCCAUCACAUUGAAUGUGAUUUUUGUGCAUAUUAGUUCUCAUAGGUUCUUCAACAAUUCUAGAAACACGGGUGUAAUUUAAUGAUUUUAAGAAACCUGCUAUUUAUGCAGGGUAGAACCAUCAAGUAUAUUCCAUUUUAGAGAAGAUUGCAUUGUUA